GCAAAAUAGAAAAAGCUGCGAAAAUAAAAUUUCAUACAGAAAAAAAGGUUGCAAGGUUAAUGAGGAUAAAACAGGAAGAAAAUGAAUCUGUAGUUAGAUAUUCUAACCGAUUUGAAUCUUAUGCUCAUGUAAUUAAGGAUGAA